UCCGCGGGACAGGAGCGUUAACUUGUUGACACUUCGGGCUCCACCUCCUCAUCCCGCCGGUCCGAACCCUUCUACUGUACCGCUGCAGACCGGAGACCGAGCUCACACAGGCGGUGCACAAGUGUGUAUGGGAUAGAAAGACAGAGAGAGAGAGAGAAAGCGAAAGAGAGAAAGUUUCUGAGUGUGUGUGUGAAAGAGAGAGAGAGAGAGAGAGAGAGAGAUAGAUAGAUAGAGAGAGGAGUCGCAGAAAAACUACCGAGCAGUCAGAGAGACAGCCUGCAGUCCCUGUGUCCAGGCAUCCUGAUGCCCACCAUGGCAAUGUAUCUGAGCCUUCUCAUGCUGGCUGUCAGUGUGUUUGGACAGGAGCUCCCAUCAGGCCCUCAUGGCUGCACCGAGGGCAGCUGUUACCCCGCGACAGGAAAUCUUCUGAUUGGACGAGCUGUCAACCUAUCCGCCACCUCUACUUGUGGCCUGAACGAACCGGAGCACUACUGUAUUGUCAGCCACCUGCAGGAGUCAGACAAGUGUUUCGAGUGCAACUCCCAGCAUCACUACGACCCGUACCGCCACAGAAACAGCCACCGCAUUGAAAACGUGAUCUACCUCAUGGACCGCAACGGAGACAACACCUGGUGGCAGUCUGUCAACGGAGAGGAGAAUGUCAGUAUCCAACUGAACCUGGAGGCCGAAUUCCACUUCACACAUCUCAUCUUGAAGUUCAAGACUUUCCGACCUGCAGCCAUGAUGAUCGAGCGUUCGGCUGAUUUCGGCCGCACUUGGCGCCCGUACCGCUACUUUGCUUCAAACUGUACCAAAACCUUUCCCAGCAUCCCUGCCAACAGGCUGCACCACAUCAACGACAUCAUCUGCGAGGAACGCUACUCCGACAUCGAGCCCUCCACUAAUGGAGAGGUCAUUUAUAAAGUUUUGGACCCCGCUAUUCAUGUGAAAGACCCCUACAGCUUGGACAUUCAAGAACUUCUGCGCAUCACCAACCUGCGCAUCAACUUCACCAAGCUCAACACUCUUGGAGACGACCUACUGGACCGACGCUUCGAUGUCCUUCAGAAAUAUUACUACGCCAUCUACGAGCUGGUGGUCAGAGGGAGCUGCUUCUGUUACGGACACGCCUCAGAGUGUGCCCCGGUGCCGGGGGUCAACACCCGGGAGAGCGGCAUGAUCCACGGUCGCUGUGUGUGCAAACAUAAUACAGAGGGCCUGAACUGUGAGCACUGCAAAGAUUUCCACCAUGACCUGCCAUGGAGACCGGCAGAGGUGGAGAACCCACACACCUGCAGAGAGUGUAACUGUAACGGCCACUCAAGCCAAUGUCACUUUGACAUGGCGGUGUAUUUGGCCACGGGCAAUGCCAGCGGAGGAGUGUGUGAUGACUGCCAGCACAACACCAUGGGACGUAACUGUGAGAUGUGUAAACCUUUCUACUACGCAGACCCCGUUAGGGACAUUAGAGACCCUCAGGCGUGUGUCGCCUGUGACUGUGACCCGGUCGGAUCAAUGGAGGGAGGAGUGUGCGACAGUCACACAGAUCUGGACAUGAGGAUGAUUGCUGGACAAUGUCGCUGCAAAGCCAACGUCAAAGGCAUGCGCUGCGACGACUGCAAGGAAGGUUACUACGGACUGAGCCAGAACGACCCGCUGGGGUGUCAGCCCUGCAACUGUGACCCUCGUGGCAUCAUCAUGAUGGGCGCUCCUUGUGACCAGAUCAGUGGGGACUGCUCCUGCAAAAGACACGUCACUGGUCGCUACUGCAACGAGUGUCUGCCUGAAUACUGGGGCCUCAGUAAUGACCUGGUGGGCUGCAGACCAUGUGACUGUGACUUCGGUGGAGCCUACAACAACAGGUGCAUGAUGGGGAACGGCCAGUGUGACUGCAGGAUGCAUCUUAUAGGUCGACAGUGUUCAGAGGUUCAGCCUGGGUAUUUCUGUGCCCCGCUGGAUUACUACAAAUACGAGGCCGAAGAUGCCACUGGACACUCCCCCAGUGACUCUGCACUGCCGGGCAAAGUUCGUCCUCAGGCAGAGACCGACUGUGUCCAGCACCUGAGUAACCAGCUGAGAAGGAACCGGCGCCACCGUCGCAUUACCAAUUCGCAGCAACAUCGGGCGGCAUUGAGACGCAUCCGCCAGCUGCAACAAACACCGGACGUGAGGACGGUUCAUAGAGAGCACACUCCCAGCCACAUGGUGUCGUGGACAGGUCCUGGUUUUGCCCGUGUCAAAGAUGGUGCUGGCCUGGUGUUCACUAUCGACAACAUCCCCUACGCCAUGGAGUAUGACAUCAUGAUCCGCUACGAACCUGAGUCCACAGAGGACUGGGAGGCUUUAGUUAGUAUCACAUCUGUAAUGCUGCCCUCCAGUCUCCGCUGUGGAAACCUCCUCCCAACUGAACAGCUCUACAGAGUCACCCUGCCACACCGUAACAGAUACAUCCAGAUGCCCAGGCCUUUCUGUUUUGAGCCCAGUAAUCGCUAUGUGGUUGCAAUCAGGUUCCAGCGCCACGGGGUGUCACACAGACAUCUUACUGCCUUCAUUCUCGUCGACUCACUGGUUCUGAUCCCGAAAUACACUGAGCUUCCUGGUUUCCAUGGUAACGAGCCUGAGGCAGAGCAGCGGCGGGAUGAGAUGACCCGCUACAUGUGCCUGGAUUCCUUCAUGAUGACACCGAUGCCCGCCCUGGCUGAGAUGUGCUCCAAACUCAUCUGCAGUAUUUCAUCCAUCAUACAUGAUGGUGCUCUGUCCUGUCAGUGCGACCCUCAGGGCUCCCAGAGUGGCGAGUGUGAUAAGGUGGGAGGUCAGUGCCUUUGCAAACCCAACGUGAUGGGUCGGCGCUGUGACCAGUGUGCCCCGGGAACCUACGGCUUUGGAGGGACAAAUGGCUGUACUGCUUGUGACUGCCACCCAGAGGGCUCAUUAAGCCACCAGUGCGACCCAGUUAGAGGCCAGUGCCAGUGCAAGCAGGGAGCCACCGGGCGGCAGUGCUCAGACUGCCAACCAGGCCAGUGGGGCUUCCCCAGCUGCAGCCCCUGUCAGUGCAACGGCCACGCAGACCUCUGUGACCCCCACACCGGGGAGUGUAGAGACUGCAGGGACUACACAACAGGACACUUCUGUGAGCGCUGUGUGGAUGGGUUCUUUGGAAACCCGGUGCUUGGUUCAGGGGAACACUGUCGGCCCUGCCCCUGCCCCAGUAACCCCGGCUCAAAUCACUUUAACGGCCUCUCCUGUCAGGAGGACCACACCUCCAACCAGAUCAUCUGUAACUGCAAGGAAGGCUUUGCUGGGUCCCGCUGUGACAAGUGUUCCCCUGGUUACUAUGGCAACCCAGAGCAACCAGGCGGACAGUGCCUGCCGUGCGAGUGCCACGGCAACAUCGACGCCCAGGAUCCUGAGUCAUGUGACCCCAGGACAGGUGAAUGCCUCAAGUGCUUGCACCACACCGAUGGCCCGUCCUGUGCCGAAUGUCAACAUGGUUACUAUGGCAACGCCUUGGCCAAAAACUGCAGACGCUGUACCUGUGUGACUGCUGGGACCAUCCACUCGGCCUGCAGCGACGGACAGUGUCACUGUGACAGGCAGACCGGAGCCUGCGCUUGUAGGGAGAAUGUGACCGGCCACAAUUGUGACCAGUGUGCUCCGAACCACUGGAACUACGGUCAGGAUGGAGGCUGCGAGCCGUGUGGCUGCAACCUGGAGCACGCCAUGGGAACGCACUGCAACAUGUUCACAGGCCAGUGUCACUGUCACCACGGCUUUGGGGGUAAACAAUGCACCGAGUGUGAGCAGUUCCACUGGGGAGACCCACGGGUGCGGUGUCAAGAGUGUAACUGCCAUCCGCUGGGCUCAGAGAUGGCCCAGUGUGACCGAAUGACAGGGGCAUGUGAAUGCAGGGAAGGGGCAGCGGGACGGCGCUGCGAUGAAUGCGCUCGUGGCUUCACCGGUGACUUCCCCAAGUGUGUCCAGUGUCACCCGUGCUUCCAGCUGUGGGAUGAUGCUGUGUGCCAGAUUAAAAGAGACCUGGAACACAUCCAGUACACCGUGGACAAGAUCCAGGAGAACGGGCUCACGCCGGUGGUCGGGGAUACACGCAUCAAAGAGCUGGAGAAGAAACUGAAGAAGGUGAAGGAUCUAAUCAAGGCGGAGGACAACGAGAGGAUCCACCAGCUGAUUGGACAGAGCAUCGAUGACCUCAGAGCUGAGAUCGCCCUGACCGACGGGCGUCUGAUGGCCGUCACCCGAGAGCUUAAUACGACAGCAGCAGAAGAAGAGGCAAUGAAACGCAUACUGAGUGACCUAGAGAGAGAGCUGAGGGACCUCAACACCACUGUGGCCCGCAAACAACAGCUACUGACAGAAUACCUCCAUUCAGGAUUUGCAGACCAGUUUGAGAAAAUUAAGGAGUACUAUAAGCAGUCAGUGGCUGCCGAGGACAAAUGCAACUUCACGGUGUCCAGUCCCCUCGGCCCUGUGGAGCAGUCCAAAGAAACCCGCGCUCGCACUGAAGACCUGCUGGACGUCAACAAAGACAACUUCCUCCGUGCCGUCGCUGCUCAGAACAAAUCAUUAAGCGAGCUGCAGCAAAGGGCCCAUGACCUGGACAAGAAGGUGCAUCGCCUGAGUCACAAGGUAUGCGGUGGCCACACCAAUGCCAGCGCCAAUGGCACAUGCUCAGACAGCAAGUGUGGCGGCGCUGGUUGCCGUGACGACCAGGGCAAUCGCAUAUGUGGAGGAGAGGGAUGCAGUGGGACAGCGAGUGCCGCCAUGACAGCACAGAAUCUCGCCAACAAUGUCACCGACAGCCUGAAAGCGGCCAACGAGGAUCUGAAGAAUGUGGCAAGAAAGCUCCAGGAUAUAGCCUCUCUGACACAGGAUGUGAAGAACCAGGCGAUGACCACGCUGGAGAAAGCCCAGAAGAAGAAGGACAACUUUGAAAAGAACAACAAGAAGCUGAAAGAUUUCAUCAAGGAGAUCAAAGACUUCCUCACUGAGGAGGGAGCAGACCCAGAGAGCAUAGAGAAGGUGGCUCAGCAGGUCUUGUCCAUCACCCUGCCGGUCAACAAGACCACUAUGGACAACAUGAUCAUGCAGAUAAAGGACAGCAUUUCCAACCUCACCAACGUCGAGGACGUCAUCAACCAAACCUCGCAGCACAUCAUGAAAGCCAAGGAGCUGCUGGACGAAGCCAAAGACGCCAAGACCCGAGCAGAGGGAGUGAAGGAUAAAGCUGAUAAUACCAAGCAGGCACUGAAUGUGUCAGAGAUGGCCAUAGAGAAAGCACAAACAGCUCUGGACGAGGCCCAAAAAAACCUGAACAGCACGAGGAAUGCUACAGCCGAGGUUGAUGAGAGGCUGACACAGCUCGAGGACAAGCAAAUGGACGUCAUGAUGCGCUUGCAAAACCUCUCCUUGGGAGUGGAAGCGCUAAGGAACAAGACGGAGCAGAACAGGCAGAUGGCUGAGGACGCUAAAGCUCGAGCUGACAACGCCACGCAGCUAGCAUCCUCACUGGAGCCGAGCCUCAACAACACGGAGGAACGGUACCGCGAGCUGCAGACAAAGAUGGGCUCUGUUGAUGGUGGUCUGGAAGGCAUAAACCAGAAGGCCAAGGAUAUGAAGAAGGAGGCAGAAGACCUCCUCAAUGAAGCCAAAAAGGGGAUAGAACAACUGAAGAAACUGGAGAAAAAGUUCAGGAAUAACGAGCAGAAGAUGCAGAAGCAGCGCAUGGAGCUGGACGAGCUAAAGGAGAACGCUACGAUGGUGCGAGAUGAGAUCCGGGAACAAGUGCAGAAGUACAGUAGCUGUGUGUGAGGAUGUUCACGUUCCAUGUUUACCAUUUGCUGCUGUAAUCCAGAGACGACUGACGCUAUGACUGGGACAGAGAAACUACACUACCCAUGGAAGAAACGCUGCUUUGGUACCUCCAUUCAUAGUUCCAAGUUUUACACAAUACCUGUCAAGUGUUAUAACACAGAAAUGCCUUCCUCUGUGCGUGUACUGUAUCAUUGUUUCCCAGACAUGAACACUGUCCUGUAUGGUGUUUAUGUGUUUAAGCUCUUACAACAAGUGAAAGGCCUAACAUGCGAUGCUACAGGCCAGGGUCAUUGAUUUCAUAAGUAAUAAACAAAAUAAAUAUAUGUUAUCAGAAAUGUUAUUUUCACCCAAAGUGCUUGGAAGAUUCUGUGUGUAUUUGCUGUAAUUUGAUCACAUUAGUAUAGUUUUUACAAUAUGCUGUUAAGCUAUAAAUAAUGUUUUGUUUUUAUUUUUAUUACAAAGGAAACACAAAUAUUCUUAUAAGCAAAAUUCUGAGGUGAGAUGAUGGAGACAAAUAAAUCUGAUACAGUUUAUGUAAAUUCA